AAAAGGAGAGAGUGAAAAGGAGGAGAAAGAGACAAGCGAAGGCGGAGCACAGAACACAGCACAGGCCGGCAGGGUGUCACAGACAGAGACGGUGACAGAGACGUGUCCAUCCCAUCGCAUUACAGCAUCACAAACGGCAACAGAAGACAGGAGUGACUUCAUCCAUCCUGUCACAACAGGCACAGCCCUGUUUGCUCUGACCAUCAAUCGAAUAAACGACUGCGACUCCAUCAGCCCACCCCCUCCUCUUUCCCUCAUAAACUCUACAGAGACAGAAGCGCAGAGAGAGGACAAGGCUAAUCUGAAUUCGAGCCCAAGUGCAUCAGGAGCAGAACUGCUAGGCAGUGAUUUAUUACUUCCACCAGCAGAUUCUUCAGAAAGCGAAAGUCUUGCUGUGCAAGCCAACAAUCAACAGGUACAGAGUGCUUUACAAACUAAAUCCGCAAAUUGUGACACCAAGACUGAGUCACAGCAACAAAAACAAGAAACAAUUCUUACAAGAGAAGACACGUCUCAAUCAACUAAUCUGCAAGAGAACAUGAGGGAUAUCACUGGAUGUUGUACUAAAAUGGAAGGGCAUUUGCCUUCAAAAGGUAUGCAAAGCUCUUUUAAGGACCAAAAGGAUGCAGCAUUGACAUGUCAAAUGACUGAGUGUGCCUCUCUGCCCCCACGCAUGGUAUUUGAAAGUCUGCGUCAUCCAGUAAAAGAGGCUAGCUUCAACUUUAAAGGUUUUCUCAGCAUCAGCAAAGCAGAACUCCCUUCUCAGGCAGAACCAGAGGUUGUUCAGAGAAAUACUGUGCUUGAUGUUAUAGCAGAGGAGGAAACCAGUGUGAAAAACGAAACAUCUGCCCCUCAGGAAGAAGGUAAACAGGAAGAAAAUUGGAAACAAGAACCAAAAGUGGAACAAGAGGAAAUAAAGACUAAAAAGGACUGCACAGAAACAACAUCUCAGGAGCUGGGUGAGACUACUGUAAAACCUGAAGAAAAUGUUAAUGUAAAUUCAGGUGGAUUUGAAGAAAGUGUAAAAGUGACAAAUGAAACUCCUGAUGCCAGCAAGAGUAAUCGUGUUAAAUUUUCAGCACUGUUAACUGCAGAUGAGACCACCGGUGUUACAGAAGCAAAAGAUGUGGUUAAUGACACUCGAAAGGAAAUUGAAGCAAUUAAAGAGGAGGAAGAAUAUAAAGAAGCUUUGAAUACAACUCAAAUCAGUCACAAUGAGUCAGCGUCCACUGAAAAGAAUAAUGUUUUACUACAGGAUGUUUCAGAACAAGAGGGUCAUAAUUGCAGCUCUGCUGUAGUUCUUGCGCAGGCUGAUAAUGCUGUCUCUGAAAGAGUUGAACAGAUAACUUCAGAAAAGCUACUUAAAGCUAAGGAAAACCAAAUUGAAGAGACAGAUGGAAUAAAGGGAUUUGGAUUACCUGAAGCAGGUGACAUAGAAACCAAACUUCCCAAUAAUUCAAAGAAUCUUGUGAAUGACAGUCAAGAAAAACAGUCAAAAUACACAUGUGAAGAGGAGUCACAGGUAAAAACCAGCUCAUUGCCUCAAACCACAGUCCCUGACACAGACAGCACUUGCACUCAUCAAGACAAGAAUUUUAACACCAAACAGCCUAAUGAAACCUCAGAGAUGCCACUUUUGUCAAAAGUAGAUUCGUAUGCAGAUGUUGAGCCAUGUCAGACUAAAUCACAGUUCAGUGAUGAAAUGAUGAAAAGUGAUGGAAUGGAUGCUGGGAAUGAAGCUGUCACCUCUCUUACUGCAGUGGAGAUUACAGUACCAGCACAAAGGGAUCUUUCCUCAACUACCACACAAAGCGCUAACAGUGUUGCCAGGGAUGUGUCUGUCAUUGUACUAAAGGCUCCAGGCCCAAUGCUGAGUCACUGUGAGUCUAUUAGUGAUUGUGAUAUUGCUGUAGCAGACACUGGAGAGCAUUGCAGUGUGAAACGUGUUUGUGAGUCUGACCCAGAGAUUGUAAAGAAUAUUGCAGACAAAACUAAUCUACAACCAGAUGCUAAUGAAGACAUGUUAAGGAAACAAAAUGCUGAUCAUCCGCCAUACACUGUUGGUACCUCUGCACAGGAAACUGCAGCAUCAUCUGGAUCCCUUCUUCUCACAACUGACACACCAGAACAGGGAGGUGGUUCUUUGCUAAUGUCAAAGGAACCAGAUACUGUUGGAAAUACUAAGAUGAAAGAGAAUGAAGCAUUCAAUGGCACUGUGGAAUUGAAGAUUGUUAGAGAAGAUAAGAGAAAAGCACAUGUAAAUUCUAAACUUGAGGACAAUUCAUGCAAAGCACCUACAAGUGGUAUAACAGAUGAUGAAGUUAUUAAUAAAGACACAUCAGAAGGUUUUAGGCAAGUGAAGAGAGAGGAGAACAACAAUGAGUGUGCAAAAGAAACUCAAGAAAAAGCCAGUUCAAAACAAGAAGCAAGUAUCUCUCAGGAAGAUGGAAAUGAACAGAAAAACAUGGAGCAGGACAGAUGGAAGGAACAAGAAGAAAUGGCUUUUAGAGAGCAGAAGGACAGCAAAGAGAAAACAAAUACUUUUGAAGUAUCCUGUGCUGAUAAGAUACUUGAUUCUCAAACUACACUGAUAACACAAAAAACUCCUAAUGAUGACGUCAUAUGUGAUUCUCUCCUGAUGCCCUUAGAGGACAAACUUGGUACACAGAUGUCUGAAGAACCUAUUCAACAUGUGUCUGCAGACAAUGCAAAAAUAAAAACAGAUUUAUCUGAAGGAUUCAGGCAGGGGAUGAGUGAAGAAAAAAACAAGGAAUGUGUGCAAGAAAACAAGAAUUCCAUCACAGAAAAGGGCAGCAAAGACUGCACAAAUAAUUCUCUAAAACAAGAUGAGACUGUUGUAAAAGAAAAUACGGAUCAAACUCAACGAGAGAACCUGACAUCAAUGAAUCUCUUCAAGCUACCAGAAGAAAAUCGAAUAAAUGAAACCAUUUCAAAGGGAAAUUUGCAUUCCAGUUCUGUGCCUGAUCCUGGUGUAACCUUCAAAGGCAUCAUGAAAAAGACUGUGGAUCAUAGAAGGCCACCAACUGAAAAAUCUCUUCCGGUCAUUGAUCAGACGCUAUCUAAAGAUUUGGUGGCCUUGAGCCAGUCAGAUUUGGCAUUUCCACAGUCCCAAGAGCUCCAGCAGCAACAAAUGUUUAUGAGUGCCCCAGAAGCAGUGUUAAGUGUGGAUAAAAGCUGUGCAUUAAAAAAUGCUGAGACCAGUAAUCAUGCAGAUGCUGAUGCAAGUGAAAAGCAGGAGAAAGUGACAGUGUAUUGUAGUGCAGAGGCUCAAAGUUCCCCUGACAGCACAUCAGAGAGUGCUGAACUAGUGGGGGGCCAUCACAGAGAUUUUGAUGUUUACAGUAUUUGUCCACAGAAUGAAGAACACAGUAUACAAACAAAAGAACCAAGGGCUGGGAAAUCUCAUGUUUGUGGUGAGAGCACUUUAAGUGAAAUCCAAACACAGCCAGCUCCUAACUUGCCUGUGAAUGCAGUGUCAGCAUCUGAAACUUCCGAAUUCAAAAGGGUAACAAAGACUACCAAGGUGAAAGACUCUGCCAUCUCAGCAUCACAGGGAGGUGUAAAUAAACAUGCAGAAUUUAGCAAUUCACAGGUCAGUGCGGAUGAGUAUGGAAAUGUGUGGAAGGAAACCCUUGCCACUAAAAAAGGAGCAGAACUUCCUGUAAAUAACUCAAGUGGGCACUCAGUGAGUCCCGGCGUCUCACACUAUGAAGAAGGACUUAAAACAGAUGAGCAUUGUUUUGGCUUUGUUACUCCUGGAGACACUGGAAACACUGAGAUUAAACCUGAUUCAGUGAGUGAAGUUGCACAGAUGUCUGCUGCAGAACCUUCCCAACUUCAACAAGAGGAAGAGUUAGUUUUUCAGCCUUCUGAUCAACAGUGCCUCACCGCCACAUCAAUUUUUUCUGCCACUGUUCUCGAGGAAAGUAUUAAAGAAGAAAAAGAGACAAGUGUGGACCAGGCCUCUAAAGAUGCAGUAGAACCCAAUACUCCUAAUUCGACUCCCAAAUCCGAGACAGCUGCUUGGAGGAUGGAGCAGCUUAAUAAGCAUUUGUCAGAGCAAUCCCCAGACAGUACCCAAAACACAGAGGAACAGCAUACACAGUGUUCUGAAAAGCAGCUCAUGCAGUUACAACAUGCUGUAACUUGUUCAAGCACUGAAAACCAAAUUGGUACUAUGAAAGCAGAAGACACCUUUUCAAAUGACAGACAAGAGCCACAAGGAAUUCAAGAAGAGACAAGUAAACCAAUGAAUGAGACUGCUGAAAAAUGUCACAUGGAAAUCUCCAAUGGGACUGGACCUAAUUUGUCAGAGUAUGUAGUGAAAGAAAGCAUAUCCAAGGAAAACCAAAGCAAGGUAGAGGCGCACUCUUUAUCUGCCCCUGAGGAAACAAUAGUCUGUAAUGUAGACCAGCCAAUAGAAGUAGCCACUGAUGGGAUUUUGAUUGAAAUGGAUCAGGCUGUGUCAUUGUUAUGCCCUGAGACUGCUUCCAGUGUAGUCAAUGACCUCCAGGAUUCCAUUCAGCCCCCUUUCAUAGUCAAUCAACAGUCAAUUCAGCAGCCCUUUACAACUUUACAUGAAACCGCUACAGAUUCACUUGAAAGUAGCAGUGAGCAACACCCUGACAUAGCAGAUAGCUCUCUUGAAAAUGCAAAAGAAAUACAGAAAGAUGACAGUGAAGCUAGUGAAGAUAAAGUCAACAUGGUGUCAGAAGCUGCAGAUGAUGGGUUGCUGGGUUCAGGCCUGGGAGCAGUGCAGGUAUCGCAGGUUAAAGACAGUUCAGACAGCCAAGGCUUAAGUGCAGACUUUGUGCCCGAGAGGUCAAAUAAAGUCAACUCUUCUGAAGUGUCUGAUUGGCUCAGAGUUCUGAAGGAGGCAGCCUCCAUGUCUCAGAUCAUUCCAGAGCAGAAAGACAAGACUACCUGUGGAUCUACAGAGAACAGACCAUUUGAGAGCUUCGGUUCGCCUCAGGCAGAGCUAGAAUUCCGAACCCCAACAGGGGAGUUUUUACCCCCUGCCCCUGAGGAGAGUUUCCCCCCUGGUCCUGAGGAGAGUUUCCCCCCUGCUCCUGAGGAUACGUUCCCCCUUGCUUGUGAGGACAGUUUUCCCCCUGCUCCAGAGGACAGCUUUCCUCCUCCACCUGAGGAGAGCUUUCCACCUGUACCUGAGGAGAUUUUUCCCCCUGCACCUGAGGAGAGUUUUCCCCUUUUAACUGAGCAACCAGAUGAAGCAUCAGACUGCAGGUCUCCUGUGUUAGAAGCUGCAGAGUGGUGUGAGCCUGUUCCCUCUCCUCCAUCACUCCCACCACUGCACAGCAUUGCUCCUGCCCUCCCUGCCCACCUGCUCCAGGACACGCUAGAGUUCCCUACACCGCCCCCUACCCCUCCGGACAGGGCUCCCGCUGAGCCUCAGACCUUUCCUCCUGCUCCUGAUCCUUCCGAUCUACCCCAGAUUUCCCCUGACAUCCCUUUGCCUCCUCCAGUCCAACAGCUCCAGCACUCUGAGCCUUCAGCAAGGAGCUCAGACUCAGACGGAGCUUUCGAAACCCCAGAGUCCACCACUCCUGUGAAGUCCUUGUCCCCACCAGUGCCCCCAGCAGAGCACCCCUACACCAGCUCGGAGACAUUGUCCCCUAAACACACAGCUUCUACUUCUGACGUCCCUGCCAGUGAAGGUGAAGACCCAUCACUGCAUAGAUCACCCAGUCGCUCUGAUUCGACAGCCUUUGAUGAGGACAAACCAAUAGCUGCUAGUGGCACAUACAACCUAGAUUACUUAAUCUCUAAUGACCCUUUCCCAGAAUCAAAUUUUGGUUCAGGAUCAACCCGAGCACCUCUUACCCGCUCUCAAAGCCUACAGUCUGGUGAGUUAGAGAGCCCAGGAAACAAAUCCCCAGGAAUCUCAGACAAACCCAUUCAUCCACGGACAGAGUCCUUCAGCAUAGGAACAGAGAGUGCACCGGGAACCCUUCGUAGAGUGAAGAAGCCCCGUCCAGGUUCCCUGAAGAAGAAGCCUCUCUCCAGACAAAACUCAAACCCAGAGCGUUCUUCUCCUAAAACUGUGUCCUCCAGCAGCACUCCGGAACAGAAAAAGAGAGGGAAACCCCGUCCUGAAAGCCCCUUACAAACCCAAGAGAGGCCUAGUUCCUCUCCUAGCCCUAGUCCUAGCCCAGCUGGUACCCUACGCAGGAACAGGAUAAAGUCUCAAGUAGAGAGUUCUCCACCUUUGGCUGAGGAGAUUACGACCACCUCAAUAUCAGCUCAACCCUUACUGGAACUACCUGAUCCAGUACCAGAGGCUUCAACUGUCCCUGACGAGGAGUCCCCUAUCCCUCCCAGUGGCUCCUACAAAUGGGAUCCGGAUAACUUUGAAGAUAUUAACCCAUUCAGUACGGGAGGCAGUAAGAUUGCCAACUCGCCAGUCUUGGGCAGGAAGGCUGACUUUACAUCAGUUCCAGACACCUCUGCUGCUCUGGAACAGCCCCAAGCCCCUUCCCCUCCUAAAGCGCAACCCCCAAACGUUGAGGAACAGCCAAUCCCCAAUCGUCAACCAGUCAGACUGGAGUUUGACUAUUCAGAGGACAGUGGAGAGGCACCACGCAGUACUCCUCCUCCCAAAAACCUGGGCAAGAAACCAGGUGCAAAGAUGCCCAUCCGAAAGCCUAAACUAGGGAUAAAGAAGGCCCCUCCACCCCAAAUGGAGCAGCUAGACAAUGCACCUCUCCCAGCACUUUCAGUUGACAAUGACGAUAUCCCAAUCCCCAAGGCAUCAUACAACUUUGACCCCAGCAAGUGGGAAGACCCUAAUUUUAAUCCAUUUUCUUCAAACACUGGUAUCCCCAAUUCUCCAGGUCUUUCUAAAGGAUCCUACAGCUUUGAAUCAGACUCCUUUGAUGACUCGAUCAGUCCCUUCAAAUCAUCCAGCAAGAUUGGGAACUCUCCCCCAAAAGGUGCCUCUUUUGACCAGACCAGCAAUGAUAAUGAAAACGACAACGAUCACAUUGUUGAGCUGGGGGAUCACAACCAGAACAAACCUGCCAAAACCAAGAAGAAGCCUCUCAAAUCUAACACUUUUAGAGUGAAGAAGUCUCCAAAGAGGACUCAGAUUCCUGAUCCGCCAGCACAAUGUUGUCCUGUGUGUUCUCCACUCUCGCCCACCACUUCACACACACAUCAUCACCUGCAGGAGCACUCGCCCGAUGCAGAUCCCGACCCUUCCCAAGAUCAUGCCACAGAUGAGGAGAAACUGGCCUCCUCCACCAAUCAGAAAUGGACUAGACAUGAUGUGGAGGUGGAGCUGACCUCUGGCCCCCAAGAUUUCCCACAGCCGACCGACUUCACAGCUUUUGUCAAUGAGAAUAGUUUGCCCGCACAGAGUGAUGUUACAGACUAUGAGAUUGAGUACAUGGAGAAGAUUGGCUCUUCUGCACCUCCUCCCUCUGGGAAGAAACCAUCACUUUAUCUGAAACUUGACUCCGUGACAGAAAGUACAAAGAGCACCUCCAAUAUGAAUGAUUCAGAGCCCAACUCCCCCUGCACUGGGAGCUUUGAGGAGAUGGAGGCUCAGAUUUCGCAGGGUAAAUCCCCAGUGCUGCCACCACGUGGCACUCGUGAUCCUAUGGCUUCAGACAAAAGCAGAAAGAGGGACAGUCAGUCUCAGAGUCGAACGCAGAGCAAUGAGAGAGAUGGAGCGUCCCCUAUCCAGGGCCCCAUGGACCCCUCAGAUCUGCCUCUCUUAGACAGGCUGUCUGAUUCACCUGCCCCUCUCAGCUACCUGGAGCCUGAUUUGGCAGAGACCAACCCCACUGCCUUCGCCCAAAAACUGCAGGAGGAACUGGUGCUCGCAGCCCUGAGGAUAGAGGCUCUACAGGUAGCCAAAAACAUCUCUCAGAGCCCCACUUUGUCCACUGUGUCCCCCCAGUCUCGUCUCAAGAAGCCCAGCCCACGUCGCUGGAAUAUCAACGGUUCUCACAUGGAUAAAAGGGAAAUGGCCUCACCGGGGGACAGCAGCGUUUUGAAGGGCUCCCUCUACUCCCGAACAGGAUACAUUGAAGGAGAAAGUCCUCAUCUGCCACGUGACAUGGACCACUCUCUGGGCAUUGCCCGAGAAGAGAUUGUUGUGAAAGAGAAAGAAGCCAUGGAGUGGAAGAGGAAAUACGAAGAGAGUAGACGGGAGGUGGAGGAGAUGAGGAGGAUAGUUAUGGAAUAUGAAAAGACCAUUGCAGAGAUGAUUGAUAAAUCUUUCGUGCCUCCGGACCCAAACACCGAGGGUGAACAGAGGGAGAAGUCUGUGUCUCACCACACUAUCCAACAGCUGAUCCUGGAGAAGGACCAGGCUUUGGCUGAUCUUAACUCUGUGGAGAAAUCCCUUGCUGACUUGUUCCGUCGCUACGAGAAGAUGAAAGAUGUUUUGGAAGGUUUCCGCAAAAAUGAGGAUGUCCUGAAGAAAUGUGCGCAGGAGUAUCUGUCUCGUGUCCGUAAGGAGGAGCAGCGAUAUCAGGCCCUAAAGAUCCAUGCUGAGGAGAAACUGGAUAAGGCAAAUUCUGAAAUUGCUCAGGUGAGAGCCAAAGCCAAGCAGGAGCAGGCAGCACAUCAGGCCAGUCUGAGGAAAGAGCAGAUGAAGGUGGAUUCACUGGAGCGCACACUGGAACAAAAGAACAAAGAAAUCGAGGAACUGACCAAAAUUUGUGAUGAACUGAUUGCCAAGAUGGGGAAGAGCUAGCUGUCCAUUCAACAGUGUUCAGUCCAAACCACAAAGAGACAACAACAACGACUGUAAUGAUGGAGUAGCAGGGGGAACGUGUCGGGUAUUGUUUGUUUCUCUUUCUAAUGGACAGAACUAUGAACUAAACGAACAAAAGGAUCUCACACUACUGACGUCUUCACAUAAACUGUCCCAUUGACUGGGAAAACACACUAGAUUCUGGCUGUAAUUAUUUUCUCUGCAUUUUGAUGUAUUAAUGUACACCAACUUACCUAUGUUGAGGGUCUUGUGAAAGUACUGCCCAUCAGUAGAGACUUUUUUUGACAGUCUGUAUAGCUCACACGCACACAAACAGAGAGUAUGUGUUUAUAGUGAGUCUGAAGUUAUGAGUGUCUUUGCCAUGACAACCACUGAUGGAGCCGACUGUUAAACUGAACCCUGUCGUACCCUCUUCUUAACUCCAAAACACCAGAGACAAUAUAAAUAUAUAUAGAAUAUAUAAUGUAAAACAGAUGAACUAAUCAUUCAGUUGUCACAAAGUGGUAUUCAUGUUCAUGAAAAAAACAUGCAUGUUGUAGGCCUUGACGGUUUUGUAAAUAUGAUAAAAAAUGACUUGAAUAUAGUAAAGGAACACAACUGCAGAUUUUGGUACCGAUCUGCUUCCUUGUGUAUCUUUGUAGAUACUUGUUGUUCAUUUGAUUCGUUGUCUUUUAGCAACACUGAUGUGCGAUUUUAUUUUUGGAUUUUAUUUUGAUAUAUAAAAGAACUCACUCGACGCUGUCAGUGGUUCUGAGCUAAUUUAAUCUGAAUGGUUUUGUCUCAGUCAUGCUAAAGCUGAUGUUUCACACUGUCAGUUGUGCAGGACAUGCUUACAAAGUGCAAUAAAAGAUGGCAAUACA